AAACACAGAACACUAAAAAAUCAAAAUUGUCAGUCUUGUAUUCUCAUUCCCAUUCAUUUUAUCAAAAUGUUAUUUCCAGAUUAUAGGAAAAAUUAAAAAAAUUACAAUAGCAAUAAAAAUUACUCGUGAAAAAUAAUGAAAAAAUUAACGAUCAAAAAUGCCGGCGCUGACCUCCACUUCUGAAGAACUCACAUUAUCCAAUAGGGGCUACAAGCUGCUGAAGCAGUUGGGAGAAGGAUCAUAUGCUAAGGUUUAUUUAGCGGAAUAUACGUACAACAAAUCUGACCCAGGCAGCGUGAAAGUGCUAGCUUGUAAAAUUAUCGACACGUCAAAAGCCCCAAGAGAUUUCGUUAAAAAAUUCUUACCCAGAGAAUUGGACAUAUUGGUGAAAAUCAACCAUCCUCAUAUUAUACACGUGCAUAGCAUAUUUCAGAGAAAGGCCAAAUAUUACAUAUUUAUGAGAUUCGCUGAAAAUGGUGAUCUUUUGGAAUUCGUAUUAAAAAGAGGCGCCAUAUCUGAAGCUCAAGCAAGAGUGUGGCUGAGACAAAUGGCUCUGGGUAUUCAAUAUUUACACGAUAUGGAUAUUGCUCAUCGAGAUUUAAAAUGCGAAAAUGUUUUAAUAACAAGUAACUACAAUGUGAAAAUUGCUGAUUUCGGUUUUGCUAGGUUUGUUACAGAUGCAACUGGAAAAAGAAUAUCCAGCGAAACAUAUUGCGGUUCUUUAUCGUAUGCUGCACCCGAAAUUUUGAAAGGUAAUCCCUACCAUCCUAGAAUAGCUGACAUAUGGUCUCUAGGAAUUAUACUUUAUGUCAUGCUGAAUAAAGCAAUGCCAUUUGAUGAUACCAACAUAAAAAGGCUUUAUGAGCAACAAACUAACCAGAGGUGGAAAUUCCGUGCAAAGGUGGCUGACAUAUUGAGCGAACAGGUGAAGAAACUGAUACAUCACAUCCUAGAACCGGAUGUAACAAAAAGAUUCAGAAUUGAACAGGUUUUGAAUUCUGAUUGGAUUGCGAUGGAUCCCAGGUUAGCUCAACUCAACCCAGCAGAACAAGCUGCAAUGAUCGAAGCACAACAAGGUAAAAGAAGACACUUAGAGGGUAGCACCAAGACGACUAGAAGGGCAACAAAUGAAGAUAUGACAAUUUUGAAAGAGGGUAAAGCAGAUGACAAGGAUGAAAAGCAAAUGACCAGCCAUAGUACCCCUAGUUUAGUUGCCUAAGACCAAAAAAGGUAAAUAUAUAUAUCCAACAUAA